CGUAUUCAGAAGCAUGACAUUAAAAUGAAUACCAUAAAUAGUGUCAAUGUAGUUUUGGAAGUGUUCGAUUUCCAAUCAUGACAGAAACCACAACUCCAGUUUCAGACCAAGCAGAUUUGAAACUGCUAAAGAAGAAAGAGCCCAAGUUCGAAGUUAAGGCAUACAAGAAGCGAUGGAUUAUUUUGGCUAUAUUUAUGUACUAUUCGGCUAUCAAUUCCUUUCAGUGGAUCGAGUACUCCAGCAUAACCCAUCUGGUGGUUAAGUACUAUCAGGUCAGUAGCCUGACAGUGGACUGGACUUCAAUUAUUUAUUGUGCCUUGUAUGCACCGCUGUUCGUUCCCUCUUCAUAUGCGAUUGACAAAUGGGGACUUAGAACAGCUGGUAUAAUAGGAUGCACAGGAACGCUAAUAGGGACGUCAAUAAAAGUGUUCUCUAUAGGAAGGGAACUAUUUGCAGUAGUUCUUCUGGGGCAAGUGAUAGUAUCCGCAUCGCAAACUGUUAUAAUUUGUAUUCCACCAAAAAUAGCUGCCACUUGGUUCAAGCCAAGUGAGCUAUCAACAACAUGCUCCUUAGGAACCCUAGGAACCCAAUUAGGUUGCGCGGUGGGCUUCAUCCUACCUCCAAUGAUUGUCCACGAUAGUGAUGACCCUGCAGUGUUAGGACAAGGUUUCAAGAUCUUAUGUUGGACACUCAGCAUUGCCAUGGUACCUGUGACAGCGGCUGUAUUAUGGUAUUUUCCAGAUCAACCGCCUCUUCCACCCAGUAUCGCUCAAGCACAGUUGAGAGCAAAGAAAGACAAGGAGGAAUUCAAGAGCAGCAACUUUUUCAGAUCCAUCAAGCAGCUUCUUAUGAACAAAGGUUUCAUUGUACACAUGUCUGCAUAUGGAAUCAACAUUGGCGUAUUUUCCGCUGUUGGAACAUUAUUGAGUCAGUUUAUCUUGCAAUACUUCGAGGGAGCUCAUGAGGAUGCUGGUAGAAUGGGCUUUGUAAUGGUUAUCACGGGAAUGGUGGGAAUGGUGAUAUUUGGUAUACUUUUAGACAAAACUCACUGGUAUAAGGAAGUGACACUGUUCAUUUAUCUCUUCUCAUCAGUUAGCGUAGUAUGUUUGAUGUAUUCAUUACAGUGGAGGUCAAAGAUCUUGACGUACAUCUCAUGUGCAGUCGUAGGCAUUUUCACAAAUGCUUACAUGCCAGUCGGUUUCGAACUGGCUAUCGAACUAACAUUCCCUUCUGAGGAAAGCACUACGACAAGCAUGCUAUUGAUGAUGACACAAAUACUUGGAGUGAUAUUCACAGUAGCUCUGGGCUACGUAAACCUCUUGAUGGGCUGCUUCUGGUCCCUAUGCAUUUCAGCACUGCUUCUCUUCAUUGGUACAGCCAUAACAGCAUUCAUUCCCAAUGACCUCAGAAGACAGACAGCGUUCAAGAGGAAUCCAAAUUUGAAGAAAAACUCAAUGCAUGGGUCUAGAUUAGUUUUCAUUGAAUAGAUAAUGUAAUUUAAACUGUAUAAUUUAUUAUAGUGCUUAUGGAAUAAUA